UCUCUCUCAUCAUCCUUUGCCUUUUAUUUGCACUCUCUUCUCUCUCUCUCUAAUACUUGCAUCUCUUUAGCUCUCUUUCUUUUACAAUAAAAAAGAUAUCUUUAAUGGCAGAAACUCCAUUAAAACGCCAAAGAGAAGAAACCCAGUUGGAGGAAUAUGAGGAGUCUAAGCGCCACAAGUCAUUUAACCAAAUAGUCUCUCUGCUUGAUGCAGAGGAAGAAGAACCAAACCAAGACUUGUCCUCUCUCAUCACAACCCUCCAGCAAGAACUCUCUUCCGACUCCAACUCUCACUCCAUCUUUGACCCUCUCUCAUUCCCAACAGCUGAAAAUGACCCUGAAAGCCUCACAACAGCCUCUUCCACCAUGCAAGACCAAAACUUUACCUCUUCCUCUUCAUCUUCACCAAAAGUUCUCUCAAAGGGAGGUGAAGAGGAUGACAAAGAAAGGGUCAUUAGACACCUCCUUGAAGCCUCAGAUGAUGAGCUUGGAAUCCCCAACAGAGAGGGUGGAGUUGGAGUAGUUUAUGAUUUUGGGGUUGAAGGGCUCAAUGGAGGAGAUGGGUACUCAUUUUGUGAUGGACUUUGGGAGUUAGAAGAUGAGGCUGCUAACUACUAUACCUUAUUGCAGUCUGAACUUUUCAUGUAGUAGUUGGUUCUUUUUAGUCUUUUAGAAUGCUAAAAUGUUAUAGGGGUUAAAACAGGACAGAACAGAAAUGCUAGGGGUUCAAAUGGGAAAAAAAGAAAAUUGGGAGGGUAUAGAAAAUGGAGAUAUCUUUUUUUUUAUCAUUUUUCAUUUUGGUCCCCUCUUCUUUUGUAAAAAUUAGAAAAAAGGUGUCCCCUUAUCUCUAUCUAGAGGAUCAAUAUCAAUUGUAGAAGAACAGUGAUUCAUAUUCCACUCA